CUCUCUCUCGUGCAAGAAGGAGCGUCAGCACAGACGGGGAAGCGAAAGAGUUCAAGAGACAGAAAUCAAAAAGAAGAAGAAGAAAAAGAAGAAGAAGAAGAAGAAGAAGAAACAUACUUUAAUAAAAAAAAAAAAAACCCUCUCCUGUCUUUGCUUUCAUCAGAGCUCGGGUUUGUCACACGACUGACAAAAGAGGGGAUGAUGAAAACGUCUGGAUUACGGCGCUGCUGAAUGAGACGUCGACUUUGACAGCUACUGAACAUUGCAGACUCCAGCUCUGAUUGGAAGCUUAUGUCAGAAUGACAGCAGAAGACUCCGCCUCUGCCGUCGCCAUGAGUAACUCUAGCACAUCCUCCAAAUCAAACCCUGCCAACAGUCAUGCGAUCCUCCAUGGAUCCAUUCCCGAUGGUGUUGCUGGAGCCCCUAACGAAGCAGCCCUUUUGGCUCUGAUGGAGCGCACAGGAUACAAGAUGGUUCAAGAGAACGGACAACGCAAAUACGGCCCACCCCCCGGGUGGCAAGGACAGUCCCCUCCACGUGGUUGUGAGAUCUUCGUGGGCAAGAUCCCACGUGAUGUUUAUGAAGAUGAGUUGGUGCCGGUGUUUGAGUCAGUGGGCAAGAUCUAUGAGAUGCGCCUGAUGAUGGACUUUGAUGGCAAAAACCGUGGCUAUGCCUUUGUCAUGUACACACAGAAACACGAGGCUAAACGCGCCGUGAGGGAGCUUAACAACUACGAGGUGCGCCCUGGACGGUUGCUGGGAGUCUGCUCAAGUGUAGACAACUGCCGCCUGUUUAUUGGUGGAAUCCCCAAAACUAAGAAGCGAGAGGAGAUUCUGGAGGAAGUCUCCAAAGUUACAGAAGGAGUGCUGGAUGUGAUUGUAUAUGCAAGUGCUGCAGACAAAAUGAAGAAUCGUGGCUUUGCUUUCGUAGAGUACGAGUCCCAUCGUGCAGCUGCCAUGGCCAGGAGGAAACUCAUGCCUGGGCGCAUUCAGCUCUGGGGUCACCAAAUUGCCGUCGACUGGGCAGAACCAGAAAUUGACGUUGAUGAGGACAUCAUGGAAACAGUGAAGAUCCUCUAUGUGCGCAAUUUGAUGAUUGAGACCAGCGAGGAGACCCUUCGCAAGAUCUUCAGUCAGUUCAACCCGGGCUGCGUCGAACGAGUAAAGAAGAUCCGCGACUAUGCUUUCGUGCACUUUACCGGCCGGGACGAUGCUGUGGUGGCUAUGGAUAACCUGAACGGUACAGAAAUCGAGGGCUCGUGCAUUGAGGUGACAUUGGCCAAGCCUGUAGACAAGGAGCAGUACACUCGCUACCAGAAAGCAUCCAAGGGAUCCGUGACCAGUAGUGAAAGUACUCAGCAAAAUUAUGUGUAUCAAUGUGAUCCCUACACCCUUGCCUACUACAGCUAUCCUUACAACACUCUCAUUGGACCCAACAGAGACUACUUCAUCAAAGCAGGUACUGUACGAGGCCGUGGCCGCGCUGGAGCCGCUAACAGAGGCCCAGGGCCCCGUGGCUCGUACCUUGGUGGCUAUUCCGCCGGUCGAGGCAUUUACAGCCGCUACCAUGAAGGAAAGUCCAAGGUCCCGGAUAAACCAUAUGAGCUCAUGCCCAGUCUGGAUCUUGCAGCCGUUAAUACAGUGGGCAUUAAGCCUGGCACAAGUCAGUUGACUCUCGGUGCGCAGUACCCCACUGUGUUCUCUGCUGCACCUGCUGCUACUAAACUGGUGGAGGAAGGAAAAAUUCACGCAGUGGAGCAUUUGAUCAACCCCCUCGCUCUCCAGCACGAUCACUCUGCUGCUCAGUCGACCGCUGCCGUCAUUCCUGCCGUCUCGACACCUCCGCCCUAUCAGGGCCGUCCUAUCACUCCUGUGUAUGCCGUGGCUCACAAUAUCCAGAGGAUCCCUGCCGCCGCGGCUGCUGGUCUGUACGGUGCGAGCUACAUGCCCUUUGCUGCUCACACCAACUCAGCCACCCUGGCAGCGCUGCAGAAGAAUGCAGCAGUGGCAGCUGCUACGUAUGGAGGUUAUGCUGGCUACAUACCCCAAACUUUCCCCACUGCCACCUUCCAAGUGCCUAUCCACGAUGUGUACCAGACCUACUGAGACACAUCAUGCCUUUCACCCGAGACACAGUGCAACAUCCAUGAAGGCUAUUGACUGAUCAAAACCCCCUAAAACAUACACACACACACACACACACACACACACACACAUAUACAUACAUAUAUACAAGGGUAACACUUUCUAUGAAACUCUAAUAAUGUCUCAUAAAGCUCUAAUAAUGUUCUAUGCAUAAUAUCUUGACAGCGUUAUAAUUCUAAGAAACGGCGUGCGGAUAAUUCUAAAGCAAAUGUGCUUUUUUUUCCACCAUUAAAACAUGUAAAAUGUCCUCACUGGCUGCGUCCCAGCUGACAUACUACACACUAUGCACUUACACUAUGCACUAUGUACUCUAACAUCUACUGAUAAAUUUUAUUAGGGUCAUAUCAUCUCAAAUGGAGCUGGAAGCAUAAGCCAUUUCCCAGUUGACAGUAAAUAACGUCAAGGUACUAGGUUGAUUGGCUAAGAUAAAUUGCCCCUAGAUAUUUGAGUGUGUGUGUGUGUGUGUGUGUGUGUGUGUGUGUGUGUGUGUGUGUGUGUGUGUGUGUGUUUGUGUGUGUGAGUGUGUGUCUGCAGGGUGUGUGUAGAUAGACUCCGGAUAUGCCGCGGAUAAAGCGGUUACUGAAGAUGAAUCAAACAAACAUUAUUAGAGCGUUAUGAUGCAUUGUUGGCAUUUUGUACUCAUAGACAAACAUAGAAACAAACAUAGAAAAGUGUGACCAAAUACAACUCCCCAUGGACUGUUGUGUAUUUUAAUACUAGUAAAGAUUGUGUCUCAGAUGAUCAAGAUCUUGAGAUCUUCCAAACCUGAUGAAUGGAGACUAGAUGUCGAUUAGGAAAUACGCCGAUCCUGACUCAUUUAACACUGACUGUAGAACUACUACCUAAGACGCCCGAUUAGAUCUCCAUGGACCAGCAGCUAACUGACAUGGAUCACAUGGAAAGCACCAGUUGUGGCCUGCUGAUAUCAGUGUGUGCGCUACUUGUUUUCGAAUGAGAAAACCUCAAUCCUUACUAUUGUACAUGUCUACUGAUGCAGUCUCAUCUCAAGCUCCAUGUCCCGCCUUCUUGGACAAGAGUCGCCUGUCAGUCAAAGAUGCAAGGUGACUAUUUCUAGGGUUGAAAAAAAAACAAAAAAAAACGUCCAUCUUGUCUUAAAGUGCCUUAAGCUAAUGCAUCACAUCAUAAAACACAACCAUCACUCGUUUAUUACAACCAACCAACGGCCGACCGAUUCCGAUUCUGUGUGCCUUAAGCACCAAGUGCUAGGAUGUAGCUUGUCCAGCCAUUUAAAAUGCAGGAUAAAAGGAAAAUGUGUACACAAGAGAAGCAUUAUAUUGCUGUGAGAGUCCCUUAACGCAAAGAAUUUAAGACCUCCAAAGCACUUAAGUCAGCAAAACUACAUCAUUAAACUCACCAUCCUUUCUAAAUUCGACUUUACUGAACUCUUUACGAUCCAGACAUCCAGAACCUUCUGGAACCUUCGUCCUGUCUCUGUGGCUGUGAAGAAUACCGAAGGAAGAAAUACAGCAUGUUUGCUUUGAUAGAUUUCUGUAAAAGAAAAAAAAAAGGAAAAAAAAAAAAGAUUAAAAUAGACAAACAUAAGGAAAAAAAAAAACAUGCGAAACUGCUGAGCAGGGACCUAAGUGACCACUGAAGGAUAAUUUUAUAGACAUGUUUUGAUGUUUGAACACACAAAUGGGAUUCCAUGUGUGUGUGUGUGUGUUUUUAUUUUUUGUUUUAUUUUAUUUUAUUAUUAUUUUUUAUUUUUUUGCUGUUUCAUAUCCUAACCACUAGGUUGCCUGAGUAAUAAUAAUAAUAAUAAUAACAAUAAUAAUAAUAUCUGACUAAUACUUGUAGAUCGUUUUGUCUGAUAUUUUCCUUUCCUUUAACUUUAUGGUUGGUGGCACAUUUUAGUUCACUGUCAUUUGAAGGUUUUCAGAUUUCAGACAUUUUAUUUUGUGUUUUGAGAAUUUGAAAACUGUUUGUUUUUAUAAAUCCUGAAGUCGAAGACAAAGACAAAAUAACAACUUAAAAAUAAAAACGCAACGCGGGAACAGAGACGAUAUCCAGCCACCAUGUGGAAGUACACAUACACUCCAUAGCCUUAAUAUAAUACAUCCAAUCUCUUAGAAACAAACUGCAAUACCUCCUUAUACUGUAUACAAAUAUUUUAAAAACGCCUGUUAGUCCAGAUGAAGAUCUAAAACGGCUUUUAUUUGUAGGGCUGAUUUGCUGUAUUGGAUUUGCAGGGUGGCUUUUUUUGUAAAAUAUAACAAUGAGACUGAAGAACUUUUUUUUUCUUUUGACAUAUAACUGUUCAGAUCGAGCGGCACACGCUUGUUAGAGAUAAAUAUGCAAAACUCCUGAUAAAAAAAAAAAGAUUACUGAUUACUACAAGGCUGCUGGUGGUUAUUUUAUUAGUUUAUAUUAGUUUAAUAAGGUGUCACCAUGAAGAAAGCUUCUUGAAAUCUAUUUCCUGGACACUUUCCUCGUGGUACAGGAACCUGAACAUGGAGGUGACUGAUAUUACAGUGUCCUUUAGUCUCUCCGUCAUAGACACACUGGUGUCGUUUGUGACAUGUAUCUUUUGGCCGAUUUUAUUUUUUUUCCACCUGUUCCUGAUAAAAAUAUUACAUUGGAGGCCAUGUAUUAUACAUGGCGUUCUAUGACAUAUUAACUUGUGUUCUCAAGUCACCUCAAUAUAUCAUCCUAUGGCCUUUCCUAUGAAAAAAAAAAUAUAAUAAAUAAUAAUAAUAAUAAUAAUAAUAAUAAUAAUAAUAAUAACCACCAUGUCAUGUCAGAGGCUUUGUAUUUCCCUGUCUAUGUUCCCGGCACAUUAACUUGAAUCAGUGCCCAGUUUAGCAGAAUUAUUUGUGUUUUUUUUGUGUAUGUAUGUCAGAUAUUCUUUUUGUAUUUCCUAAAAUGAACAAACAUGUACAAGGGUUUUUCUUCAUCAUGUACAUUUUUUGUUUCAUAAAUAUUAUUACAUGCUUUCAUAUUGUUUCAGUCAAAAUCCACCACCCUGGAAUGGAUGGGACUAGAUACAAUAUCAUACCUUUAAACCACUCCAGACUCCCUGUCUCCAUCCAUCCAUCCAUCCAUCCAUCCAAACAAUCACAAUGCUACCACCACCAUGAUUUACUUGAUGGCAUGCAAAGCAUCCUCAUUCUGUCUGUAAAGAUUUGUAAACACCCAAGCGCUAGAAUUCUGUCUGUCAGUUCAGGCCGAAUUUGUCAAGUGCUUGAACACUCCAUGACUCAAAAGGGAAUCAAGUUUCCAGCAUACUGUACAAGCGGACAAGACUGGUGCUCAGUUUGAGCUUAUCGUUAGUUAUCGGAUGAGCAUAAGAAAUUCUUAGUGAUUACAGCAGCAGUGUUUUAACAAGACAUCUUGUAUUCAAAGUGUUCUUACAGUGAAAUUCUGGUGGUUUUUGGCUCUAUACUCCCAAGUGUUUGGGAUAUACUCUAAGAUAAUGAAUGUUGAGAAUUUAUCCAGCGAUCGUCUUCGUUUUAAUAGAAAAUACAACAUAAAUGGGUUGUUCUGAAAACAUUUAUACCCAACAGAUUCCACCUUUUGUACUGUAUGUAUUGAUGUCUGGCCUUUGACUGAACUAUUCUAACACAGUUAGGAUCACUCCGCUGUAGCA